GCAAGGGCGUUGACAACGUUUCUUUGCAAGCAGCUUCGAUUUCGUAAUUACCGCAUUUUCAGCAUGAAAACCGUCACUUUUUUGGUUAUUUUGGGUCUGCUAUGUCUUUCCAUAGAUGGUAUGCAAUACGAACACCAUCUGGUACUCAAAUCUGGUGUUUUUGACGUCUACUGGACUGUGAACACGAGCAUGAUUCCCAACACUGUUUACUUCAAGUAUGUUGCUAAAACGACUGGUUGGGCUGCUCUUGGCUGGUCUAAAACUGCAAGUGGUGGACAGAUGAUCCAGUACGAUAUCGCCUUAGGAGGAGUUCGUAAUACUAACGAAUCGUAUUUGAAGGACUAUUACUCAUCCACUCUAGGAAAACCAACAUAUGAUGACGAUGUCAGGCAGAACUUGAUUUUGACAUCUGCUACAGAAUCUGGUGGCUUUACUACUAUAGAGUUCAACCGCGAAACUGACACAGGCGACACAGGAUAUGAUGUGCCAAUUCAGAAUGGUACAAAAACUUGGAUUAUGUGGGGACUAAACCCAAAGGACGCAACUGAUGCAAACACGUUUGCCAAGCACACUGAAAAAGGUUACACAUCACUUCCUUACAACAUGUUCACUGGGAAACAAUUCUCUAGUACUACAGCACAACCAAAGACCACCAGUGGUUCUCAAGCUACUUCAGUCAAAAUCAUGCUUGCAUUUGCUGCCAUUCUCCUUGUUCAGCUUGGCAGUGUGUUGAUGCUGCACUAAAGGGAUUUUGUCACAACCUUGAAUCUCUUUCUGAUAGGGUGAUUAUAUGGAAAAACUUUUUUAUCUCAGCUAAAGCAUUAUCAAACAAUUUUUGUUAACAAAAUGUUAAAAUAUAUUCUAAAUGAGUGGGGAUGCAUGUAUAAAUGCUCUCCAAACAUACAAGGUUAGGCCUAAACUUCUUCCUCCAUAACUAGGUGUAUUGUAGACACAAUGAUCUUAGCUUGAUCUGACAUCAAUGUAGAAAAGUAGAGUGUAUUGAUGAUACACAUGAUGCAAGACCUGAGACAAUGCCAAGACAUAAAAUUGAAACAUAAACAAGAAUUCCAUAAUUGCUUUAGAUUUUUGAGAUUGCUAAAACAUUUGCUGAGACAAAGAAGUCUCCAUAAUAAACUCAAAGUCAUAAGGAGAUUUAGGAGUCGCAGAUGUACACAAUGCACUGAAAAUAUACUACUAUUUGUUCCGCUCUA